AUGGCUGAUUUCCCUGGCUCAGAGAAUUUCUUUUUGAUUGGCUACAUUACUACUUUUGUAACAGGGCUUCCUCUGAACAUAAUAGCCCUUUGCACACUUAUUAAAAAGUGUCGGAAGAAUCUUCUCCCUGUGGACAUUUUGCUAAUCAACUUAACUAUUUCUGAUUUGCUCCUUCUUGCGUUUCUCCCGUUCCGUAUGGUGGAGGCAGCAUCCGAUAUGAAAUGGCUUCUGCCCUACUUCAUUUGCUCGUUGUCCUUCUUUUUGCUGUUCAGCAGCAUUUACAUCACCUCGCUCUUCCUCAUGGCCAUAAGUGUGGAGAGAUACCUGGCUAUCGCUUUUCCGAUAAAGUACAAGCUGUUGCAAAAACGGAUCUACUUUGUGGUAGCCAGUGUUUUCUUUUGGUGCUUGGCAACAGUCCACUGCAGUAUUGUCUACAUUGUAGAACAUGUGGUGCCUAUGAAUGUGAUGGAAACCAAUACGACAGUGUGUUAUGGUGCAUUUUCACCACCCCAGUUGGCCAUUCUACUGCCUGUGCGCCUGGAGAUAUUUCUUCUGCUCUUCUGCGUCCCAUUUGUGAUCACCGUCUUCUGUUAUGUAAACUUUAUCAAGAUUAUCAUGUCGCAGGCUCGCAUACAGAGGAGAAGAAAACUGAGGGCCAUUUGCCUGGUGGUGGCCACUCUCAUCAACUUCAUCAUUUGUUUCUUGCCCUAUAAUGUAUCACAUGUGGUGGGCUUUAUCGAGGGUGACAGUCCGAAGUGGAGGGUAUACACUGUCCUCCUCAGCAGUUUUAAUGCGUCCGUGGAUCCGAUCAUAUUUUACUUCUCAACACCAUCAUUCAAGAAAGCAUUUCUGGAGGGUCUCUUUAACAUGAUGAAGAAGCUGCAUUUUGAAUCCCAGUGCUACAAAUAUUGUAGUGCGUAUUGUAUUUGUAACACAGAGAAUGAGGAGACUAAUGUUACCUUUUAA